AUGACCGCCGCCGAAAAGACUGUUCUUAUCACGGGCGCCACCCGUGGACUUGGGCUCACGUUUGCCAAGCACUACACCAAGGCUGGCUGGAAAGUCAUCGGAACGGCACGCAACCUGGACACGUACAAUGAAGCUUCGAUCACUCAAAUGGCCAAGGAUCUCGAUGGCGUCCCCAUCGACCUGCUUAUCAACAACGCCGGUAUCUUGGAGCCAGGAUUGUUCGCCACGGCCACUAAGGAGCAUUUCAUGCGCCACUUCGAGAUCAACUCGCUAGGUCCGUUCCUCACCACGCGUGCACUGCAUGACAAUCUCAAGCUGGCUGCCGAUGCUCACGGACUUGCGAUCGUGGCUUCUGUCACGAGCAUCCUCGGAAGUAUCAAGGUGAACCUGGACGGGGCCUUUGCCCCACUUAAGAAAGUCUACUACGACAACCACAAGCUACCGAACGGCGAGAUGUACGGCUAUCGCGCAUCGCCGCUGUCGUGCUGCAGCCGGGCUACGUCAAGACCGACAUGA